UAGAAUUUCACGCACUCAUCGUCCAUCUUUUAAGGCGAGCUCGUGCAGUCGGCGCGUGAUCUGUCAUUUCAUCUGUCAAAAAUGGUUCGGCGGCUUCACGUGCAGAGAUACGAGAACUUUCUUAAGUAUGUAGACGAGCUGGGAAACGCGGAAUCAGUGUACAUUCUUUACACCGGCACGAAAUUACCUGAAACCGGCGAAAGCUGGUGUCCGGAUUGCGUGGAAGCUUAUCCAUUUAUUGAACAAGGUUUUAAUGCGGCAUCUGAGGAAACACAAUUAGUAAUAGUUGAAGUUGGAGACAGAGCAUUUUGGAAGGAUCGUAAUUGUCCAUUCAGGACAAACCCUAUCACCAGGUUGAAAGUCUUGCCAACUCUAAUUAAAUGGGGUACUGAAAAACGUUUAGAAGGUGAUCAAUUGCUAAAACUUGAACUUAUUGAUAUGCUAAUCACAGACGACGAUUAAGUAUGUGUGUGCGUGUAUGUGUAUAAUACUUUUUUUAUAUUUUAUAUAAAAAGUAUUUUGUACAUAUCGCGUGAAUUAUAAAUGUGUUGUAUGCAAAUACUACACUCUUAUAUCUUGUAUAUAUUUUUCUAUUCUUUUUUACAAUCAUUAUCCUUGCCAUUAUCCACUUUUGAAAAAACAAAUAUAUAAGAUAAUAGAAUA